AUUUUUGACACUGGAUCAUUGGAAGGUCCCUUUGGCUCAUUCCAAGUAUGUAAUGUUCAAAUUUUCGGAGGUUUUAUUCUUCAUAUUGGUUCUUUUAGUGGAGAAAGUGGCAGAUUCUCUGUGGGUGAUAAAGUAACAUGCAAGGUUGACUAUGAAAGGAGAACGCUCGUUGCCCCUAAUCAUACUUGCACACAUAUGUUAAACUUUGCUCUUAGGGAAGUACUUGGUGACCAUGUUGAUCAAAAAGGAUCCAUUGUUCUUCCUGAAAAAUUAAGAUUCGACUUUUCUCAUGGCAAGCCAGUUGAUCCUGAAAAAUUGAGAAGAAUUGAGUCAAUUGUGAACGAGCAAAUCAAAGCUGAAUUAGAUGUUUUUGCGAAGGAGGCAACCCUUGCCGAAGCCAAGCGUAUCAACGGUUUGCGAGCUGUUUUUGGAGAGGUCUAUCCUGAUCCUGUUAGAGUUGUGGCAAUUGGUCAAAAGGUUGAGGAUCUUUUAGCUGAUCCAGACAAUCAAGAGUGGUCAUCAAUUUCAUCAGAAUUAUGUGGAGGGACACAUAUAUCAAAUACUCGGGAAGCUAAAGCAUUUGCUCUUCUAUCUGAGGAGGGCAUUGCUAAAGGAAUCCGAAGAAUAACUGCUGUCACAACUGAUGUUGCUUUUAAGGCAAUGGAAUCGGCAUCCUUGCUUGAGCAGGAAGUAAACGAGGCAUCAAAGAUAGAUGGAAGCUUGCUAGAAAAGAAAGUGGCUUCUUUGAAAAGUACUGUAGAUGCAGCAGCAAUUCCAGCAGCCAAGAAAGCUGAUAUCAGGGCCAAGAUUGCCUUGCUUCAGAAUCAAGUGAGAAAGGCACAAAAGAAGAUCGCUGAAGAAAAUAUUCAGAAAGCUGUCAAGGUUGCAACUCAGACGGCUGAAGUUGCUGCUUCAGAUGGGAAAGCAUUCUGCAUCUCUCAUGUUGAGGUUGGCUUGGAUGCAGCUGCGGUUCGUGAAGCUGUUUUGAAAGUCAUUGAGCAGAAGGGAAUAUCGGUUAUGGUCUUCAGUACAGAUGAAACCACAAAUAAGGCUGUGGUAUGUGCGGGUGUACCUGAGAAGUCAGACAAGGCAAAGCAGUUGGAGGUAUCAGAGUGGUUGACAGCAGCGCUGGAGCCUUUGAAAGGGAGGUGUGGUAAAGGAAAAGGUGGUCUUGCUUCUGGCCAGGGAACAGACGCAGCACAAGUGAGCAAGGCCAUGGAUUUGGCGACAGCAUUUGCAUCGAUGAAAUUGAGAUGAUCAUAAGAUUUUCCAGUGUUGUUUCCACAAGAAAUAUGAGAUUGCUGUUAUCAACUUGUGGUUGAUGUACUGAAACACAAUAGGAAACAGCCAAAUAUAAGAAAAUGAUUACGGUUGUUACUGCAACCAGGAAAGUGGCAGUAAUGGUUAAUUUAUAAUGAAAAUGGUUAUGUUCUUGUGCUGUAUUCACCCCUUAUAUAAUCUAUUUAUUAAGAAAGGUUAUGCUCUUAUUCCUUUUUUAAAAGUGUUUU